AUGUCUGACAACUCUGACAACAACGAGUUACCCACUCUCCAAGACUUGGCUAUCGAUGCCACCGGCACCUUUGUUGUCGCUCCAUCCCCCGUCCCUGUAUUCCGAGAGGACAUCAUUAUGAGCGAUGACAACGAACAGGCCUCGUCCAUCUUGUCGGCAAACCAGCACAUGCAGCCCUCUCCAGUCUUCGACCCGAACACUUUUUCUGCCAUGACGGAUGCUGACGACGUGAGUGACUCCGAGCUCACCAGCGGUCUUGAGGAAGCCAUCACCACCAAGAAACACGAUCUUUCUAAUUGGUCCAAGCUAUACCGUCGCACCCUGCUCAAGAUGCACAAGAACCCUCUCGAUGUCAAUUACCAGAUGUGGCAGAAGGAAGCCAUCCAACUCUUAGAAGUCGUGCGCCAAAAGACCGCGGAUUGUGCGCGUCUGUCAGCAGCACUGGCUCUCGACCAACCGAUGGCACCGAUCGUGACCGAUCCCACGGCAACUAUUGCCACCGCUAUCAGGGUUGACAGCAACAAAUUGACACUCGACUCGGGCACUCCCCGAUUUGGUGACAUCAAGCACGGCAAGGGACAAUCGUAUCAAGUCAUCCGCAACCCUCACUUGUUCCUCGAUGGAUUCAAGACGAGACUCCUUUCCUCGCCAGUGCCCAACGCCUGCUCUACACGACAGCAGUUCACUGAUGAGCUGUCUCGUCACGGCAGUUCUUCCCUAACUUGGGAGGAAUGUGAAGUUGCCUUCGUCGACAGUGUUUUGACUCCGACGGAACGCUUCAAAACCGUUGCUCGUGUCGCCGAAAUUGGCCGUCGUCACAAGGAGUCGUACCGAAACUUCGCUCUUCGUCUCCAACGAUCAGUGCGCGUGUAUCGAAUUGAUGAUAACAACGCCACUGUACUGUCUGGCAUCAUGAGUUCAAUCCCAUCGGUGGAGCUCAACCUGAUCAAGACAUCGAUUCAAAAGACUGGCACCUCCUUAUCUGAGGUCAAGCUGGACUCUAUUUGUGAGAUCCUUACCAACCUCAGUGUAAUGGAAGGACCAGACGACUCUCUCAAGAGACCCCACAGUCUCGUCGACGAUGAUGAAGAUGACAAGGAUGCCUCCUCGUCCAAGACCGGUAAUAACCAUGGUCACAAGCGACAACGUCACCGCAAGAACGACCGCAGUGGCAAAGGCAAACCGACUGCUGAUUCGUCGUCGUUCCCAUCUUCGUCUAACUCUGGCAAGAAGACUUUCCACUGUGACAAUCACGGUGAAAAUCGCUCGCAUGAUACCAAGAACUGCAGGCACUGCACCAAGUGCAACAAGAAUGGCCACACUGCCCCCUACUGCAACAGUGAUCGCAAGAAGAACUCUGACAGCAAGGGCGGCAAGAGCUACAAGAACAAGAAAGAAGUGUACCUGAGGACCUCGUAG